AGUCAUGGUCGCGGGAAGGAUGGAGGCUAUCAUAAAGACAAGUCCCAUUGUGAGACCUUCCGUCAGGUCAUUAGGCUCUGCGGGACAGCAGCACAAUGGGCGUUCACUCGCCGAUGAACGGAGACGUGAAUGGGUCCGCUGGAAGGGCGGGCGCCAGUGAUGGAGCAAAAGAAGGACGACGACAGGUAGCACCGCCCUACCUCUCCCUCUCAGUAGGCGAGGCCAUGGGGCAGCUCGCUGCUUCGCCGCCCGCUGAGCCUGAGCCACAGGACCAUGGAACGGUGAUGCGAUUGUUGGCGCAUCGAGCCCGCUAUUCUCCCGAUGUGGUGGCUGUCGGAUUCCCCGAUGAAGGGGGUCGUCCCUGUCCGACGUGGACGUAUCGCAACCUGACACGGAUGGGGACGAGUGCUGCUAGGCAGCUCUGUCAAGCGCUGCUCCGCCAAGGCUUACCAGCUAAGUCGCAACAGCCCGUCAUUGCCCUCUUAGGUCCCAGUGGGCCUGGAUAUCUCGCACAGGCACUUGGCUGCUGGCAUGCUGGUGCUGCUAUCCUUCCGAUCGCACUGGGAACAACUGCAUCGGGGGUCGCCAACCUUCUAAGGCUGACGGGCUGCAAAUGCAUAUUGGCCCAUGUUGACCAGCGCGACCUCGCAGAGGCUGCCGCACAACAUUCAGAUCUACGUCAAGAUGUACAGCUCUUCGAUUGGCUCAGCUGUGGCGAUGCAGCAGAAGAAAACACGGAUGUGACACCUUUAUACCCCGCUGGCCCGGACGACGUCAUUGUCAUCUUCCACUCAUCUGGAUCCAGUGGUAACCCGAAGCCGAUCCCACAGCUGCAUCGAUUCUGGACAAAAACGCUUUUUAGCGCGAGAGGGAGAGACCGAGCGGCAUUUACCACAACACCCUUGUUCCACGGAGGUCUCUCUGACCUUUUUCGGGCUUUCCAAGCAGCUGCUCCCAUCUACUUCUACCCAUGGCACCUCCGCAGAGCACCAACAACGGCCACGAUUGUCGCAUCAGUGCAAGCUUGUACACAGGAAAUCCGCUACUUUUUAUCGGUCCCCAUGAUUCUCGAGUCGCUCAUGCGAGAAAAGCUAGGCAUCAAUUUACUGAAAGAUAUGGAUCUCGUCAGCACUGGUGGUGCGCCUUUGCCCCAGCACGUUGGUGAUGACAUGGUUCAGCAUCACAACAUUCGUUUGGUGUCGCGCCUCGGCAGCUCUGAAUGCGGAUUCCUCAUGUCUUCGUGGCGAGACUUCGACAAUGACAAAGAAUGGUCAUGGCUUCGAGUCACCGAUCAAACCAGCGAGCAAUGGCUCAAGUUCCAGGCCAGAAGCGAGCAUGGAGAAGGGCUCCAUGAGCUCAUAGUCUCAAGUUAUUGGCCUACAAAGAUCAUUUCAAAUCAAAGUGAUGGGUCUUUUGCUUCAGGCGACCUCUUCCAAAGGCAUCCCGUUGACUCCGGCAAAUGGCGAUAUGCUCGUCGCUCCGACGACAGUAUCGUUCUUGUGAAUGGCAAGAAAGUCGCCUCCUCCCCGAUUGAGGUAGCACUCAAGAACUCUAGGGAUCUGGUCAGCGAUGCCAUUGUAUUCGGAGCAAGCCGUCCGAGUUUGGGUGUUUUAAUCUUGCCCAGCGCUUUAUUGUGCUCUCGGAUAUCAGCAUCGCAGCAGGGCACGGAGGAGGAGAAAAGUGUCCAGAUGCUUGCUGCGCUCCUCCCCACUCUCGAAUCAGUCAACAAGACGCAGCCCAGCCACGCCCGAAUUCCUCCAGAAAUGGUGUACUUCAUGCAGUCGGACCGCUUUUCUCAGCUCCCCCGCUCUUCCAAGGGCACGCUCCAACGAGGAAUGGCGAUGGACCAGCUCGCCGGCAUUAUCGACGGCGUGUAUCGCCGCUUCGAACGUGGCGAAGCGCCCCAGGUGCAGCCUCGGCUGGCGCUAAAGGGCAAAGAGCUGAACAACUGGGUCCACAGUCUUAUAGAGGAGAUUCUUGGCCAUGACAUUGACGACGGAGAUGAUUUCUUCGAUGCUGGCGUCGAUUCAAUUAUGGCUGCGAGGAUCCGAGCUGCGCUUCUUCAGCGCUUGGAUUUGCAAGGGUCGCCUCUAGCUUCCAACGUCGUCUAUGAGCACUCCAACAUCAACAACCUCUGUUCUUUCCUCGACGAUCCCAUCGCCGUCAACGCGGAACGGAAUGCAGCGAACAUCGCACGCGAUUUGGUUGAACGUCAUUCUCGCUUUUCCGUGCCCCUAGAGACUAAUAACAACUUCGAUGGAGCGUUGACCUUCCUAGUAACAGGCGGUACGGGCGCCCUUGGUUCCCGCAUCCUCGACCAACUCCUACAGCUUCCGAAGUCUCAAGUUGCAUCUGUCUAUUGUCUCGCUCGAGCCGACAACGAUGAUUUGGCGCAGGCAAGACUCCUUCGAGCUCUCAGAGCGCGUAAUUGCAGCAGUAGUCUCGAGGAUGGACAGGUGCAGGGAAGACUAGUUGCCAAAGCAACACUGGAUGACGAGACCAGAGUCCUGUUGCGUGACAAAACGAGACGACUCGUCAUUAUCCAUUGCGCAUGGACGGUCAACUUUGCCUUGAGUCUGGCAUCGUUCGAAAAGGAUUGCAUUGCGUCGCUCAAGGACCUUCUGGAUCUCUUCCGAUCAAGCAGAGGUGCGACUCGAUUCGUCUUUUGCUCCUCUCUUGCCAGCAUAAUGCAGUCUCCUUCCCAGGUGAAGGAUGAAAUUCCUAGCUCCGACGUCUCCUCGGCAGGUCAGACUGGCUACGGGCAGUCGAAAUGGGUGGCCGAGCAGAUCUGCCAAGCCAGUCAUUCGUCUGAUCGUCCCGUCACAAUCGCCAGAGUCGGCCAGCUGUGCGGCGAUACUAAGCACGGGAUCUGGAACGAAACCGAAGCAUGGCCCCUUCUUGUGCGGACUGCCAACGAGGUUGGGAGUCUGCCAGCGACCGGUCCUGCUAUCGAUUGGCUGCCUGUCGACGUCGCCGCAAAAGCGAUCAUCGACAUUGCCCUCUCAACAACUACGAGCCCAAUCGCACACGUCACCACGCCCAUGCAAGCUCACCGGCCAUCGUGGUCAGAUUUUUUGCAUUGGCUACGCUCGAGUGGAGUCCGCUUUGACGUUAAGACCAACGAGGAAUGGCUAGAUCAAUUGAAGGCUGCCGGGACAAAGGUUCGAGGCCGAGCUCUAAUUGACGAUAUCUGGGCAACGCUUCAAGAUGCGUCGAGAGAAGAUAUCUCCGUCUCCUCAGUCGAGGCCGAAGCUGCCUCAACGACGCUAGCCAAGGCGACGACGGUGGAUGAGAGCCUGUGUCGGAAGUUCGUGAAUGCUUGGCGUGCCAAUGGAUUCCUCGAGUAGAGAGACGUGAGAAUGACAACACCAUCACUCAUCUGGCCAUUACUUUAAUGAAAGAAAACGAGUAAUUGCUCUGAUGGUCUUGAGAGAUCAGGGUUCUAUGCACUAGUC